UAUUUGUUCAAUUGUUAAUAGUAGUCAAGGAGACCAAAAUAUUUCAGCAAGCCACAGUACACAUCCAGACACGGACAAGCAAGCACACAUCACACAAGAGCAAGAAUACAUUACAACUAGCAAUGCUUCGAGGAAAAUUACUCAGUAAACUACCUUUAACAUACACACAGAAGAGAUUUAAAGAAGUGACACCAUGUUGGCUUCCAAUAUGUGGAGUUGAAAUUAAAAAAAUUCCCCGUACCAACACAGAGAAAUGUAGAGUAGCUUCUUUUCUGGCAAAGCACUAUUUCCCAGAUGAACCCGUAUUAGUGGCUGCAGGCCUCAAUUCAGAGAAGCCUAACCCUGGAAUUUUGCAGUAUCUAUUAACGGGAAUGAACGAUGAUAUGGCUCUAUAUGCAAUGGUUCAGGAAAGUCGGGAAAUAUUAGGGGUUGCCAUUGCGCGAAGUACGACCCCCACGACUGUUUACGAAUUAAGGUCUUAUGCAGAUAAAUUGGGAAUGAACACUGCAAGACGUUAUAUGCAUUUCUUAUCCCAAGUUGAGGAACGAGCUAACAUUUACAAAUCAUUUCAGACUGAAAAGUCUUGGUCAAUUGAUUUGCUUGCUGUAAAUAAAUUGUUCAGGCGUCGUGGAAUAGCGAAAAUGUUACUAGAUGGAAUGAAAGACAUGGCAACGAGAAAUAAAAGUUUUGAGGUUAUGCAUUUUACAGCGUCUAAUUUGUAUGGGUCACAAGCAGCUUAUAAGUGCGGGGGAUUGAAAUCUCAUUUCAAAAGGCCUCUAUCAUCAUACAAAGAUGCUCUUGGUGUUCCUUGGAUUACAAGAGAAUUGUGCGUCCCCCAUACGAGUAUUGAAGUGUUUACUAGAAAUUUGAAAGCUGCUUUGCCGCCAGAGAAAAAGCCAGAGCCUACAUGUUAUAGAUAUGGUCUUGAGAAAUAUGAUGAAGUUUAAUGUAUGACAACACAAUUAUAAUAAAUAAACACUGUAAUACAAUGUGUAAA